UAUAAAUACUUGGUGGAGUGGCCAUGGUAUUAUUAUACCUAGCAGACUUCAGUCAGUGAACAUCUUUCCAAAAGCGACGAACAUCACACGAAAAGCAGCAUGGCAUCAUCAUCGUACACAAAUUGCAACGUAGAGGCAUGUUAUGUACCUGAAGAUAAAGCAACCGGAGAGAAGACUACAAACGGACAUGGUGAAGCUCCAGAUAAACACACACGAGCGAGCCGACUUCAGCUAUACGCGAGUUUUCUCCUACACGUAGUCUCUUUUACAGCCCUUAUUUGGGUGAUCGUACAAGUAGUCCAACUCCGCAAUGAGACCACAACAGUUGGAGGUACCGUUUGGUACGAUGAUGAAAAUCAACAUGCAGAUUCAGAAAAUGUUAAAGACUCCACUGUGAACUCAGAUACAAAACUGCGAUCAAGAAGACAGGCGCCAUAUGUUGGUGACUCAUACGACGAUGCGUAUUCAUACAACGUGAAUCCUAACACGCUUGCCUGUGAUGGACUUCCUUCACUUCACGUCGUUGGUAACCAGCAGGACUAUCUGGAACAAAGUACAGAGAGCUGGUUUUCGUUUCAUACGAGUAGUGAUACUGGAUCGUUGGGCAGAAUCUCACACGAAAGCCUCAAGUUUGUGCACAACCAAUUCAUAGAGAUAACGGUGCCCGGCUACUACUUUGUGUACAGUCAGAUCAACUAUGCGGCACGACAAGGAAAUAGUUUUAUAGGCCAUGAAGUGGUGGUUAGACCUGAUUGUGGCGAUGGUAACGAGUUCACGAUUCUGGAAUCUAAAGCUGUGCAAGUACUCCCCAGUGCUGCACGGACACCGAGUAUUGACAGCGGACAUGGUAGUGGUGUAUUUUACUUGGCGGCCAAUGAUCGAGUUGGAGUGCGCCCUCUACAAGGAGGUUCCCACUACUUCGCAAAGGACAACGGACCGGGCAGUUACCUUGGCGCGUUUCUGGUGUCAAAGAGUAACAGUAUGGAUAUAGACCAAGACCUACGGCGUUGCCCAUAAACAAGUCUGGUCACCGACCAAGCUAUUAUCAAGCACUAACUUGGUAUACAAAACACACACAGCGAUUCGCUUUAGGGUCGUAAAGUAGCCAUAAUUAUUGGCAUUAAUUCCAGUAAACCAUGGAGGAAUAAAAAACCAAAUACCAUGUAAGCUGUUAAAGAAAGGGUAUACAUUGGUAAUUACCUCACUAGACCAUACAUCCUUACUUGGUAAAAAAAAAAGCGCUCAGAAGGGAUUGAUAUUUUUAAAACAUCGUUAGAAACACCAUUUGAAGUAACAAGAGAAUGAUUUUUUUUUUCUUUUUAGAGAAUGGGGCUUCGGGCUUCUAAGCACGCAAUUCUGUGCAUCAAGAUUUUAAAUACUUUCUUUAUCAACUUCGAUGAGUAAAGUUGAGUCAACAUUUUCAAAGGUUUGUUAUAAAUUCGUGCGUAAUGCUGGGAUACACCAAGUGAGGAAACUGGUCUUUGACAAAAUUACCAAAAGUAUCACCCUGCCUUUAAGUGAACAUUUGAUUGAAUUAAUGUAUUCUUAAUCUAAUAGUUUUCGUAAUGUUGUAAUAAUUUGUAUAACAGUUUGGCCUAUUCAGUACAAUUCAACUUCAUGGUUGGCACAAUUAUCUUCAAAAUAAAAAAGUAGGAAUUAGUUGCACUAUAGUAACUCUUAUACUGCUGAGAAAUAACAAUUUCGCCCCAUUGAUUUAUAAGUGAUUAUCUGUUUUCCAAAGUGUAUUUUGCGAACACCCACAUAAUUAUGUCGGCAAUUUAAAUUUUAAAUUUCAUUCAAUUCACCAGACGACCCAAGUGAGGCCCUUUUCGAAACCACGGCUUCGGCUUUGGAUUCGGCUUCAGGCUCCGUCCUCUAACUCGUCUGAAGCACUGAGAGCGCGUAAGCAAAGCACACGCAAUAUUGUCAAAACAACUUGGGUGCCAAGCUAUACCCUGAGCCGAAUCUGGAGCCGAAGCAUUGGUUUCGAAAAGGGACCGAUCUCCAAUCAGAGUUUGUUUUAUCACUUCCCAGUACUUUGAUGAUGCAACUUAGAGUUACCUUUUGUACUCAUUGCGUUUAUUAGCAGCAUAUGUAUAUAAUAAUAUUUAAUAAAAUAAUAUUUAAUAAAAUAAUAUUUAAUAAAAUAAUAUUUAAUAAAAUAAUAAGUUUACAUCAGCUAACAAAUAAAGUAAUUCAUAUUUUUAAUUGGCUUGUACAUACUUAAUUACCUUUUCAAAGUAAUUUGUUUAAAUUUGUAACGAUAAUUAUAGCCUAUUAUUUUUGUAAUUAAUUAUUUUGUGAGGGAGCUAAACAAAAACAUGUCCGCCCGGUGUUGUAAUGGUUGUGUAUUGCUUUUAAAUUUGUAUUGUAAAAAUUACGCAAUUUAGCCAUUAUUUUAAUACACCAUAAAUAAUAACAAUAAAAAAAAAAUUGUUUUGUAUUGUGGUUGAUG